AUGCCAGCAAAGGAAUUGAACAAACCAUGCAUGGAAUGCAAAGAUGCAAAAUUCGAGCUUACGGUCCGCAAGAGGCAGCUUUGCAAAGCUUUUGGCUUAGAUGGCCCCAAAACCCAGUUGCUUCUCCCUCUGUCAUUGGGAGUUUCCUCCUCGGUAUUGUUGCAUAUUUUGAAUACGGAUCGACAGCUUCGUCUGGAUAACGGACGGCCUCUGGGGUAUGACUUCAAAAUUUUGGUCAUCGAACCUUCGACCGUUGCGGCUACUGGCGUUCUCUUCGACCAGAAAUACGAAGCUCUGGAAAAGAAUUUUUCGUUGCACAACAUCAGUCGGAUACCUUUUCAUAGCAUCUUCGACCAUGUCCCGGAGAUGGAGGAGAUCAUGCAUGAAUAUGCAGGAUCAAAAUUCAUAGACGACAGGUCUCGGUCGAAUGAAGAGCGCUUAGCUGCCUUCCGUGCAUCUAUUUCCACUCCCACCUCCAGAGCCGAUGUCGACACUGUUUUGCUGACCAGAUUGAUCGUUGAAUUUGCGAAAAAAUCUGGAUGUGAAUCUGUCAUUUGGGGUGACUCGGACAGCCGUCUCGCUGCGAAAGCACUUGCGGGUGUUGCCAAGGGACGUGGGGCUUCCCUCACCUGGCAGGUAUCCGACGGCAUGUCUCCUUGGGGCGUAAGAUUCGAGUACCCGCUUCGUGAUUUGUAUAAGGCUGAGUUGCUCCAAUAUGCGAGUGUCUGUGUCGAGCUCUCUGACAUUAUUAUUCCCGAUCAACCGCCCUCCGACAAUGUUCUUACCAAGAACCUUUCCAUUGACGAGUUGAUGCUGCGAUAUGUUCAGAACCAAGGCGCAAAGUAUCCUGGUGUCAUGGCGAAUGUGGCCAGAACUGCAAACAAGCUCAACCCCUCUACCUCCGUUAGUGCACUUACGUGUGGUCUUUGUGCUGGUCUAGUGGGAAAUGUGAACGGUAAUUCCGGAGUCACUGUCGCAAAUCAGGCAGAGGAUAACCAUAGCUCUCAAUUCUGCUACGGAUGUAUGCGCUCUCGGCCUGAGGAGCUUUGCUGA